AAUUGUAGACGUCUGCUAUGUUGACACAAAAUGAUAGCGAGUGUAGAUUGAUAAAAGAUUUUUAACAAAGUUAGACAUAAUUUAGCUUAAAUAUGGAUUCAAAUGGCGUGCUGGGGGCUCCGAAUGAAAGGGCAUUAUUGAAUUUGAUGGAAAAAACAGGAUACACAAUGAUUCAAGAAAAUGGACAGAGAAAAUACGGUGGACCUCCCCCAGAUUGGGACGGACCACAGCCAGGAAGAGGAUGUGAAAUUUUCGUUGGAAAAAUACCAAGAGAUUGUUUUGAAGAUGAACUAGUACCAGCGUUUGAAAAGAUUGGUAAAAUAUAUGAAUUUCGUUUAAUGAUGGACUUUAGUGGAAGCAACAGAGGUUAUGCGUUUGUCAUGUACACAAACAAAAAUGACGCUAUCCAAGCUGUAAGAUUAAUGAACAACUAUGAAAUCAGAAAAGGACGUUUACUUGGAGUAUGCCCUAGUGUUGAUAACUGUCGUUUAUUUGUAGGAGGUAUCCCUAAAAAUAAGAAUAAAGAUGAAAUAAUGACAGAGAUGACAAAAGUUACAGACGGUGUCACAGAUGUUAUUGUGUAUCCAUCAGCCAUGGACAAAAGCAAAAACAGGGGCUUUGCAUUUGUAGAGUACGAAAGUCACAGAGCUGCAGCGAUGGCCAGAAGAAAACUUAUACCUGGCAGGAUCCAGCUGUGGGGCCAUCAGAUUGCUGUUGACUGGGCGGAACCCGAGCAAGAAGUUGAUGAUGAUGUCAUGAGUAAGCUAAAAAAAAUUAAUGCUUUUGUUCACUUUAGAGAACGGGAUCUUGCCAUCAAAGCCAUGAAUGUAAUGAAUGGUUCAGUUUUGGAUAAUUCAAGAAUUGAAGUUGUACUUGCAAAGCCAGUAGACAAGGCAGAGUAUCAGCGCUAUGCACGUAACAAGACUGCUUUUCCUUCUCGGGAAGAUGAAGAACUGAGUGAACUCGUGGAGGUUUUUGGAUACAGCUUUCAAUUAGGUGACACUGGGAACAACCCUGGUGUGAUGUAUAACCCAUUUGCACCUCCACAACCAUUUCCAAGGGGAGUUGGUAGAACAGCAGUAGGUGUCAGGGGAAUGAUGCGUGGACGUGGAAGAGGAGCAGCUGGGGUCAGGGGUGGUCGAGGUGGAUUUAUGCCAGGCUUCAUCAGGGCACCAAUGCCAAGAUACCCAACAGAUGCAAAUUUGUAUGAUCUGCUCCCUGGCAUGGAACUAACACCAACUAACCCCGUCACAUUAAAACCGCAACAUUCAAAAUCUCCGAUACAGAUUUUAGAUGAGGUUUGCCAGAAGAAUGGAUGGGGGUCACCAAACUACCAGCUACAUUCCACAAUGGGUCGAGAUGGGGGAGGUGAUAUGCAACUCUUCUUGUUUAAGGUUGCCGUUCCAGCCUUGAUGACGGCCAACAAUGGGCCUUAUUUGCCCAACAAGCUCUGUAGAACUGUAGAUGAGGCCAAGAACUAUGCUGCAGAAUUUGUUCUUCAACAACUUGGUAUACCAACUGAGGGUGCUGAGCUCUUCACUGGCAGGCCAAUAACCAUUCCAAUAUCUGUUCCCAUGCCAACAGGGGUUCCAGCCCCUUCUCCUCAGGAUGUUGCUUUUGCUAACCAGAUGUUGAAAAUGCCACCCCCACCAAGUCACCAGAUGGCUGAGCAGUUUUUCCAUGCUGCAAGUUACGGUCCGCCACCCCCUGUGACUAGCAUGCAGACAGUAUCCCAGUAUUAGUCUGCUUAGGGCUAGACAAGAAAAAUACCUCAGACAUUCAAAAUCCAGGGAUGAUGUGGACUGAAAAAUAUCUUAAAUUUCAGCUGAAUAAAGCAUAUAUAUUGAAAUUGAUGGAGAUCAUAUUGAAAGAGUUAUUUUGAAGUAAGCUGUGAUAUUUACAAGCAUGUUGCCUUAUUAUAUAGUGACUUGAGAAGCUGUUUUUAUAUACAUAUAUAUAUCAUAAUAUAUUUAUCAUAUUGUAUGUUAGAAGUUCUAUAUAUAUUAUAUAAACACUGUUAACAUUCCUCAGAUUUGAAAGGAAAACAAAAAUUAAAGUAUUCAUUUUAGUAUAUAUUUUCUUUUCAAAGGCCAUUAAACAUUGUCUUUAUAAGCAGUUUUAAGUGAUAUUUCAUCGAUAAGAAUUUUGAAGAGGAAAAAAAAAAAAAAAAGAGUAUAAUCUAUAAAUGUUCACAUAUAUUAAUUAUUUAAACUCAAAAACUGUCUUCUUGAAUGCAAAAUUUCACUAGAAUUUCACUGUUUUAUAUGCAUGUUAAUUUAGACU